CAAGCUUAUUUUACAGUAUCAUUGCGUGAUUAACCAGAGUUGGGACUAUGAUCAAGGCGUGCUUAAUACUCUUGCUAGUAAAUCUCAAGUUAUCGUUGCAAUGCGGAAAUGGACCUUCGACAUUCGAUAAUACCUUGGUGGAAGUGAACGGUAAAAGUGAAACUAUCAGCGGGUGUAUUUCACCGGAUACACUUAAGUUUAAAGGGGUAAUUAGCAAUAUAUCGUGCAGUAAUCAGAACGUACUCGAUUUAAAUGAAGGUGCGUUGCAAAACAUUUUGAGCAAAUUUGAGGUGACACUUAGUGGAAACAACAUCGAAUUGAUCAGGGAGGGAGCUUUCAUUAAUCUUCCUGAACUUUAUCUGAUCGAUUUACACAACAACAAGCUGAGUUUGAUCGUCGAAGGUUCCUUUAAAGAUUUACCGUCAUUAAACAAAUUGGGGUUACAUACAAACCAAAUCAAAGAGGUGUUACCACGAGCGUUUAAUAAUCUUCCAAAGUUGUCAUCCGUCGUGCUUUCCGAAAACAAGCUAGAAAAUUUUGAUCAAAUUUGGUUUUACAGAACACCCGCUCUGACAGCGAUAGAUCUUUCAAGCAAUUCCCUACGCGACAUCAAGCAGCGGGCCUUCUUCAACCUACCUAGUAUUAAAGACCUCGCAUUUGCUAACAAUCAAAUCGAGUUCAUCGACAAAGACGCAUUUCAAGGAUUAAGAAAUAUGAGAUGGCUUAAUUUGGAUAGAAACCGAUUAAAAACUUUGAAGAUUAAUAUACACCCUCCUUCGAAAAUUGAGAUGUUGAAUAUCGAAUUCAAUAACAUGACGUAUAUCUCUAAUGGCAUGUUAGAAGCGCUACGACCUAAGUUAAGGCUGAUCGCCAUAUCCGGAAAUCCUUGGCAGUGUCCGUGCUAUGAAAGGAUAUCCGAAUGGGCUUUUAAAAGUAGUGGACGGUUUAUUCUGGAUUUGGCUCCUCCUGAUGCAGCAGAAGUCGUGUGUGUUUACGCGAAAACGCCCAACUUUGACUUGUGUGUCGAACGUAGUGAUGACGAGUUUCAAGAAGGUUUUUCGAAACACUUCGAAGGCAAAAAGGCGAAACUGAGGUGGCGUAUAAACUAGUUUUGGAGACCUGGACGCCCGCCUCCUCUCAAAGAGCUCAAUUUUUCCCAUUCUGUCCAUUUCAUGCAAAUGUAUAAGGUAUACACAUUAUAAGUUAUUUUGUUUUUAACUUUUUCAACUGUCAUAUCUGAAUAAAUACUCAUUCCAUAGAACAUUCACUUCGGCGAAAUUGUGAAUUGCCCCAUAAACAGAUAAUGUAAAUUGAUAAUCGGCUACGAAAUGACCACGAUAGUACGAAUAAACAAAAUUUAAUUAC